AAUUGCCCGUUGCUCGGCUUGUAGCUGUGUGGGACCGGGAGUCCCGGUGUAUUUUCCUCUGUAUAAGUAUUUUAUUAUGUUUUUAGCAUGUGAUAGUUUGAAACUCAGGAUCAUUGUGGAUUUCGUUGGUUUUGUUUGUUAAGGUCUUGUCGCAGUCGAUGUAACACACGUGCGUACAGUCCAUCAUCAAUAUUACCUGAUAAUGACCGGCGCAACAUGGUCUGAUGCCCAGAGUUACUGCAGGGAGAAGUACUCUGACCUGGCAACAGUUGUAACUGAUGAUGAUUGGAUAAGACUGAAGAGCGAAGCAGCAAGUAAAGGCCUGGCAUCAUCUGCCUGGAAUGGAUUGUGCAACGCUAUCAAUAGCUGGUGCUGGUCCUUAAACAUGCUCCCACUGAAGAAUGUCACUUAUACAAACUGGUAUCCUGGAGAGCCCAAUCUUCAUGUUGGAAAUGUAUCAUGCGGUCUAUUUAUUUCAGGUGGAUACUGGGCAGAUAUAUCUUGUACUGAACUGAGACCUUUCAUAUGCUACAAUGCUAAUUUCAUUGGUGCUUCCAAGUUCAUCGGCAUCUAUAGUCCUUAUCUGACCUGGCCUGAUGCUCAGGCUUACUGCCGAACACAUCACACGGACCUGGCCAGCUCGCUUAACAGCUCAGAUAACAACUUGAUAUUGCAGCUGAUUAAUGUCUAGGGUGAUUCCUGGUUCGGACGUGGUCAGAUGGGACCAUUGCUUCAAACCUACCAUGGGGUUCUGGACAACCUGAUAAUUCUGGAGGAAUUGAGAACUGUGCAGUGGGUAUUGGAGGGUACAAUGAUGUAGCCUGCAACAACGUGUACUAUUUCUUCUGUCACAACAUUAUACCAGUCAGGGAACAGCAGCUUGUGAGAUUGCAGGUGAAGUCUGAUGGCAGUGUGUUAGAUCCUGCUGUACAGUCAUCUAUUUUAGAGCAGGUGAGUCUCAAGAUUAGUAGAAAUACAGACACACUGCCCAAAAAUGCUGCCUCCUAGUUACCAAGAAGAGACAGUGAUGAUUUUAUAAAGCAGCCAUGAUCAUAUUGUACAUGCUGAAUGUUGGAUCUGAACCUGAUGAACUCCUUCACUUCCUGUCUGUGCUGAAAUCUGAGGAAAAUGGGGCAGAAUUUGAUUUUGUUGAAGUCUGGAGACUGUGUGAAAGUUAAAGUAAGAUAGAAAUCAGUCUGCGUUAAUGACUGAGUUUCACAUUGAGAGGUGAAGCCAUUGCAGCAACUUCCAUGUCUGAUUCUUCCCCUGUGGAGUGUUGUCGCUCCUGACUGCUGUCUCACACGUGACAUGAACCUUCUGCCCCGAUGGAUUGUUUUCUCGUUGGUGCUGAGAUGGUCAGCUGUUUGUAGACAUUUUCUUCUGGAGCUUUCUGGAUGAAGACUGAAUGGGUCACAGCAGACCUUCUGUAGAAAGGAGAACUUAUUACGAAACAAAAUGAUGUAAACACUGUGUUGUGUUGCUCAUCCGGAACCUUCUACACUUGUGAUCUUGGAGUCCUGGCCAGGGUUUGAACCAGCAACCUCUCAACCCAGAGGUGAUGCUCAUCCACAUGAGCUACAGGAUCUCAUAAGAGCUGCUUUAUAGACCUUUUCUCCUGUUUCUAAUUAAUCCUUACCUCAUGCUAAAGAGCAGCACAACAAGAUUUGAACCAGUGACCACAGGAACCAGAGCCUGUGACACUAACCACUACACCACAGGGGAAGCCAAGUGAAGGUUGGAGUUUUGUCAUAAUAAAGAUGGCUCACUGAAACCACUGAUUCUGUUCUUCAGAUGAAGCAGAAACUGAAAGAACAUGGCAUGUUUGAGAACACCACAAUGACCUGGAGGGUGCAGCCAGAUGGAAACAUCUUCAAGAAGAAAAAAGAUGACCUGUAACAUCUAAAUGUUCACCUUCAAGUCCAGCAGAUUGUAAACUGACUGAAAUGUGUUUAACCUUCAAUAUUUAAGCUUUAAUCAGUAGGGGGUGGUAGAGGACAAGAUUAACCAGAAGUAGAAGAACAAACAUCUAAUUUUAUUGCUCUGUUUGUAACACAACCACUUUGUCUUCCUCUUAAAUUUAACUUUAGUUUCAAUAUUUUGUCAAUUAUUAUUUAAUAUGUUCAAGCUGCCACGGGACACAGUGAUAAGGAGAAAGUCAGUGUGUCAUACUGUAGUAAAGAAUAAAUCCUAUAUAGAAGAGAUAAUGUAACAGAACCUAUAAAUACACUGUGUACUUAGAACAGUCAGAUAUAAUGACCUUCACAGUAUUACUGUCCUUUUCAUCAGUCAUUAAUUAUAUAUUAGUGUAUGUUGUUUUUGUUUUCUGAACCUAUAAAAGCAAAUACUAUAAAAUUAUAUAUAAAGCAUAUACUGUAAAUUAUAUAUAAACAAGAAACAAUUUUAUUUAAAAAUCUUGACAUGACACACACUGCUGCAACAGACUCGCAUAGAACCUGCAAAAUAAAACAUUUAAUAAAAUGUGUUCAAAGUGACUUAGGGACGCCUGAGAUAGGCACAGGCUCCCCGUGACCCGAGGUAGUUCGGAUAAGCGGUAGAAAAUGAGUGAGAGAGUGAGUGAGUGACUUAGGUACAGAACAAAUAGAAACACACAAACACACACACACACAGCAUUUGGAAGAUGCCCUUAUCCAGAACGACGUACAAAAGUGCUUAAGUCUCCAUCAUUGAAUGCAUGAACUCUGGUUCACUAUGUUACAGACUUUAGAUACCAUGAGCCUAAAUCACUGUUCAAAGUUUUUUUUUUUAAAUACACACAUACAACAAACAGGGAAGAAAGUGCUACUUGAAGUGUCUCAUGAAUAAGUAGGUCUUUAACCGUCGUUUGAAAAUAGCCGGUGACUCAGCUGUCCAGACACCUAGGGGAAGUUUAUUCCACCUACUUGGUGCCAAUACAGAAAAUAGUCUUGUGAUUUACUUUCCUCUUACCUGGAGAGAUGGUGGGACCAGUAAAGCAGUGCUGGUAGAUCUGAGGGUGCGAGGUGCAGUACGAGGAGUGAUGAGGGCUUUGAGGUAAUAGGGAUCUGGUCCAUUUUUGGCUUUGUAGGCCAGCAUCAGUGUUUUGAAUUUGAUGCGUGCAGCUACCGGAAGCCAGUGGAGGGAUCGCAGCAGCGAGGUGGUAUGCAAGAAAUUGAAGGUUAAAAACAAGUCAUGCAUCUGCAUUUUGGAUCAUUUGCAGAGCGUUCAUAGGUAGACCUGCCAGCAGUGAGUUGCAGUAGUCCAGUCUUCAGAUGGAAAGAGACUGAACAAGUACCUGAGCAGCCUGUGUGGAGAAAAAUGGCCAAAUCCUUUUAAUGUUGUAGAGAAGGAACCAAAAUGAGCGAGUCACAUUAGCAACAUGAGAGGAAAAGGACAGUUACCCCAAGGUUGCGAGCUGUGACUGAAGGGGAGAUCAGAUCAUUAGAAUAGAAUAAAACGGGCAUAGAAGCCUUUAUUAUUGCCACAUAUACAUUACAGCACAGUGGAAUCCUUUUCUUCACAUACCCCAACUGAGGAGGUUGUGGGCAGAGUGCAGGGGCAGCAACCAAUCAACAACCCAGAGCCUUAACCAGUUGAGCCACCACUGCCCCACAAAUGCAGGGAAAUUGCAAGAUCAUGACCUGGGGAUGAAUCACCCGGGAUGAUCAGCAGUUCAGUUUUGCUAGAAUUGAGUUUCAAUUGAUGAGCUAUAAUCCACGAUGAUAUACAGUAUCUGCCAGACCGUGAUAUAUCUGCUGAGAUCCAAACAGAAGCAGUGGUAUCUAAGGUUUUGAAAGAGGAGAUAAGUUGUGUAUCAUCAGCAUAGCAGUGGUAAGAGGAAAUAACCCGUGUGAGGAAAUUACUUCACCAAAAGAGUGAGUAUACAGGGAGAAAAGAAGAGGAUGAAGAACUGAGCCCUGUGGGACACCAGUGGAGAGUCUGCAUGGAACGAUGUCACUCUCCUCCAUGUUACCUGAUAUGAGCGUCCUUUCAGGUAGGAAGCAAACCAUUCCCACACUGAUCCGCAAAUCCCAAGAUUUCUGCGGGUGGACAAGAGUGGUUGACCGUAUCAAACCCUGCUGAAAGGUCAAGAAUGAUAAGGACGGAUGACAGUUUGGCUGAUCUAGCAGCAUGUAGUUUCUCAGAGACAUCCAAAAGGGCUGUCUGUCGAAUGUGCUGCUUUAAAGCGAGACUGGUUGGGAUUUUGGCAGUUGUUCUGUGAGAGAUAGACAAACCAUUGAUUAUAGACAACGCGUUCAAGAAAGAAACGAGAGAAGUGAUACUAGUCUGUAGUUACUGAUGUCUGAUGGAUCCAGAAGGUAGUUGGUACAUGACCAGAUGUUAUGGAUCUAUUGAUGAUAGUGGUGAUGAAGGGCAGAAGGUCUUGCGAGAUGGUCUGGAGCAUAGUGGAAAGGAGUGGAUUCAAUGGGCAGGUGGUAGGACUGCAAGACCAGAUGAGUUGUAAAAUCUCUUCUGCUGCUAUGGUUGAGAAAUGUGACAAUGAAGGAGUAGGGGAAUCCUGACUGUAGGUGCAGUCAGGGCAGAAGUGAAGUAAGAGAGAGGGGUUGAGAGGUAUUUUUAGGUAGGAUAGGGAGAGUGAUGGUGAAGGAUAUCAGGUGAUGAUCCAGGACAUUUCCUCAUUUGUGUGAGGGGACGUAGCUGUUGAGCGUCGGGGCAAAUAAGUCCAGAAGAGUCAGGAGGGAAGAAGAUUGAAGCUUGUCAGAGGGGAGGUUGAAAUUGCCAUGCACUGUCAGAGGGGUGCUGUCAGAAGGGAAAGCUCUAAGCAGUGUCCCCAUUUCUUCUAGGAAGUCUCCUAGGGAACCAGGAGGGCUUUAGAUAACAAUGAUGAGAAGGUUGAAUGGAGAGGUAACAGAAAUGGCAUGAAAUUCAAAAGAAGAGAUGGUUAAAUGAGACAAGAGGAGAGGUGUGAAACACUAUCUCCUUGACAACAGUAGACCUGUACCAACACCCCUGCCCAUUUCCCGUGGUGAGUGAGAGAAGGCAUAGGCUGAAGAUAAAGCAGCUGGUGUAGCAGUGUUCUGUGGGGAUAUCCAGGUUUCUGUUAGCAUAAGAAAAUCAAAGGAGUAAUGGGAAGUUAAAGCAGAGAUAAAAUCAGCUUUCUUUACGGCAGACUGGCAAUUUUAGAGCCCACCUACCACCACUGUUUGAGACUUACACAACAGAGGAGGUUAGAUGAGGUUACUAGGAUUGUGGCCUCUGCUCUGUAAGCGAGAGCAUUUGUGACAGUAGGAAUUGAGUACAGAGAUGGGUUUGAGGCAAAUAUCUGCAGUCAACCAAGAGUUUGAUUUAAAAUGUGGUGUGAUAGAAUAUAUCAAACAGUACAAUACACUUAUUUACAAUGUUGGAGGGAUACUUAGAGGGAUACUUACAAACCUAGGAUUAGCUACAGCCACACACACACACACACAGACACACAUACAGUACAUAGACACACACACACACACACACAGUCUUACCCUGAGUUAACCAGCAAGCAGUAACAUUGUCUAAGGCAAAACAGUAGCACUUUCAGAUGAUUUGCAUCACAGAGACUGAUUUUCACUUUCUCUAGAAAUAUAAAGAUUUAAAUAAAAGCAAAUUGACUGGUUUCUGAAGUUUAUUACAGAUACUCCAAAGAGGAAACUGACCAAUCUGAAAGUCAGGACAUUUUUACUGUGAAACUGAACGAACCGUUUUUACAGUUUUAAAUAUUUCAAGAUUUCAGAAGCUCCGUUGCGUUAUUGCUGCCAUUGCUGCUAUUUUGUCUCCAAUUUGCUUGACACUGCACUAAAUUGGUCCUCAUUUUAUUAUUCUUAGUUUGUUUAUUUAAAUCUUGUUUACUUCUUGUUUCAGGUGAAAAUGCUUCUUGUGUGGUCUUUCUAAGCUUUUCAUUCUUUUUUUCAUCUUGUUUUUCCAUGAUCUCAUUAUUCCUUGGCUUUGAACUGUUUUUUGAUAACAGGAACUUUCUAGUGUUGUUCAUUAUUUAUAUUCAGGUUAUUAAAGGAUGAUUUUUGGCAACUUGUGUUCCAUAAAACUGACAAAUGUAUUUCCAUAAUUUCAUAAACAAAUGCAGAUUGAUGCAAUAAAAUGUGUGCUACUUUAUUUCAGCAUCAUGAACAUCUUCCUUUAUACAGGUAAUUACAAUACUCUGGCAGUGAUGAUUUUAUAAAGCAGCCAUGAUCAUAUUGUACAUGCUGAAUGUUGGAUCUGAUUAUUUCUCACAUGGCUAUUCAAAAUGAACUCCUUCACUUCCUGUCUGUGCUGAAAUCUGAGGCAUUUGCUUUCUUUUAAAUAAGCAGUGUACAGUCUAAAGGAAAGUCACGCUGAAAUGUAAAUCAGUCUACACACAAUUCUGAGAUUUUUUUCACUUACCCCUUCAGGUGGAGGUGAAGCAAACAGCUACUCUAUAAAGAGUGUUUUGUGGAAGAAGUGACGAUCUGAACAGAGCCAGUCAUCAGAGAUUCAUAUCACAGCUCCAUCAUGGGACUGAAUCUAUUUCUUCUCCUGUGUCUCAAUGGUGGUCUGGUCCCAGUUGCCAUCUUACAAACCGUGCAUGAAAAAUAUAUCUUUACAACUUCAUCAAUGACAUGGGCCGCUGGACAGUCUUACUGCAGGGUGAUGUACGAUGACCUGGCAACAAUCCAAGGUGAUACUGAUAUGUUAACAUUUAAAAAAGAAGCAGCCAGCAACGGUCUGAAAGCAUCUGCCUGGGUCGGAUUGUACAAUGAUAUUAAUAGCUGGCGCUGGUCCUUAAACAAGCUCUCAGUGGACGAGGUCCCUUAUAGCAACUGGGGCCCUUCUCAGCCUGACAACGCCGCUGGGAAACAAUCAUGUGCUGUAAUAGACAAAAAUUCACUUUGGUGGGAUGCAGAUUGUUCUGAACAAAAACCCUUCAUGUGCUACGAUGCUAAGUUCAGUGGUGAUUCCAGGUUCAUCGCUGUCUCCAGUUCUAUGUUGAAUUGGAGUGAAGCUCAGACUUACUGCCGAAAACAUCACACAGACUUGGCCAGCGCUCUGAACAGCUCAGAUAACAACAUAAUAGUGCAGCUAAUGACGACAUUACAAAUAUAUCCUUGGUUUGGGCUCUAUAGAGACUCAUGGAAGUGGUCAGAUGGGACAAUCGCUACAGAUCUCCCAUGGGAUUCUGGAGCACCUGAUAAUUUUGGAGGAUCACAGAACUGUGCAGUCAUUAAUAACGGACUGUUCAAUGAUGUCUCCUGCACCAAACUGUACUAUGUCGUCUGUCAAACCUUAAGGAAACAGAAGAUAGUGAGGCUGCAGAUGAAGGCUGAUGAGAGUGGGUUUAUGUCUGAGAUGCAGUCCAUCAUUAUACAGCAGAUGAAGCAGAAACUGAAAGAACAUGGCAUGUUGGAGAACACCACAGUGACCUGGAGGGUGCAGCCAGAUGGAAACAUCUUCAAGAAGAAAAAUAAAGAUGAUCUGUAAUAUCUAAAUGUUCACUCUGUAUUUAAGA